UCAAUUCAAACCUUACGAGACUUAAGAAAAACACAAAACUUGAUUGCACUACUCUCUCCCCCUUCCACAUCUCCAUGCAUAUUUGAUCCAUGAAGGUGAAGUAUCUAACAUAAAAUUAAAAGCCUUAAUAAACAUGUACAUCAUGAGCUCCUGAAACCACCUUCACCGACCAAGAUCAUUAGUCCAAAAACAUGGAGAUGCUGCGAAUGAGAGAGUUGUUGUUACUGUGGUCGUCAUUUGAAAGCAAGAGAAUAUCCCUUGUCGGUGGAAAUCACACUGCCGCCAGAUUUUGCACUCGCUAAAACAAUAUUCAUUCCACAACCUUUUUCCUUCUCUAAUCUCUUCUUUUUCUAUACCUCUCUUUUUCUUCUUCUACACAUAACAAACUCUCUUUAAAAUUUUCAACACUGUCGUCGUCGACAUCUUCUUUGUGUUUCUUUCUCUUUUUGAAUUCCCUACACUUGCUUUUGAAGCCACAUACCAACUAUAUAUCUAUAUCGUGAUUAGGUUAAUUACCCUAAUUCAGAAAUGAAGAACAUUUCUCACCGUGUGUUGCUUUUGGCAUUGUUUCUAGCUUCCUUUACCUUUAUAUCUUCGACCUCAACUCAACAACAAGAAGCCAAACAUGACCCUAUUGCCAUCAACAUGGAAACAAAGCUUGGAACCCAAAGAAAACUAUUAGGGUACGUGCCAGAGGCAAAGAAAGCUGCAUUGCAAAACCUAGAAGACGUUCUUCUCGAACCCCCACGUGCGGCUUCGGGGAAAUCAAGGGUGUACUUGAAGCGUACGAAGUACUUGCCUGAUUUGAUGGGUGAUUCCCUCGAGGGUUACCCUCGUCGCGUUUUCAUUGAUGUGGGGCUGCCGGAGAAGGACGGAGGGAGUGGCACCGAUUGGUUUCACAAGACAUACCCUACGAGGAACAAGGACUUUGAGAUAUAUAAGAUCGAGACGGUGGCGGAGGGUGGUCCACAGAUCGAGAUGUCAGAUUGGUUGAGGAAGAAUGUGAGGGAGGAAGAAUAUGUGGUGAUGAAAUCAGAGGCUGAGGUGGUGGAGGAGAUGAUGAGGAGUAAGGCCAUAAUGUUGGUGGAUGAGCUUUUCUUGGAGUGCAAGCCACAACAAGGGAAUGUGAAGAAGAAGAAUAGAAGGGCCUAUUGGGAGUGCUUGGCUUUGUAUGGGAAGUUAAGAGAUGAAGGUGUGGCUGUGCAUCAGUGGUGGGGUUGAUUUUGAAGUUUUAAAUUGUGGCUUCGUUGUGAUGAUUUCUUGAUGUUGUGGAAAAUUACAGAUAAAUAUGACUGAUAUAUAUGACUGUGGUGACCUAAAAACCUAAUUGAUGUCACGAUCGAAAUCAUGGAGGUGGACCAUUUUUUAAAACCUUGGAUUGAUUGAUUCAUAGAUUACUAUGGUAGAAACAUGAAAGAGGUGUUUUAAGAAUUUUUGUUUCACAGCGAGAAUGGUAUAACUAGAUGAAGAAGACAUGGAGUUGGGGGUGAAGAAUGUUAGAGAGAUUUAAGAGUGGAAGUUGUGGCCCCUGAGGAGCUAAAAGUCAAGGAGUUUUAAUUUUCUCUCUUGUCCUUUUAAUUUCUUAUUUUCUUUUGUGGCUUGUGUUUUUUAACAAUUUAAUCAUAUUUUUCUAUGAUUGCUUUGUGGAUGUUUAUGGAAGUUGUUGAUUGAGAAAGAA